AUGAGCUACCGGGGUGGAUGUCCAGGACCGAUUGGCGUGACGUCGCCAGCGCUGGUGGCCGUCUCCGGAAGAGUUGGACUACGCGGUGGUCCGACUUGGUAUCAACGACAGUAUUGCGGAUUACUCCGGCUUGUACGAGAAGACGAGUGGCUAUCUACUUUGCCAUCCGCAGCGGUACAGGGCGGUCGGGAAAGCAUUUACAUUCCGCAGCAUCCACUAGGCUAUGGUAAACGCAUCGCAUGGUUGUAUAAUGGUCAACCUGGUCGUGUCGAGUCGCUGACGGUCACCGAAUGCCGCGAAGACGAUGUGGGCUACUAUAUCGACACCCAGGAAGGAGCGUCAGGCUCACCGAUCCUUGGCACGAGUGACCAUAAUGUCAUCGCGAUGCACCACUGCGGUGGGUGCUUGAAUGGUGGCAUCCCAGCGCAAUCGAUAAUCGAGGAUCUCACCACAAAGGUGUUCUGCCGAAAUGCUCCGUCGCAACGUAGAGCAGCCGCCCACUAUCGAGUCGUUCAUGCGUGUUCCAGAAACGCUGUGGAGGCGAGUGCCAAAAACAUUGGUGUUCGUAGCUGGCAGAAAAGCAGGAAGGAUUGUUGUGAGAUCGGUAAACUAUGGGAUAAACUAUCGUUCAUGUCGACACCCUCAUUCCAUCUCGUUUGA